GUUACACAGUCUGUUUUUGACUUGAGUGAAAGUGGGAUUCAAAACUCGCUUAUCUUCGCCUUCGCAUGUGGAACAGUAUUCCAACUUCGGUUUAGCAAGUUGUCAUUACUGUGAUCGAAGUAUUGUUCAGUAACGCUAAUGGCUCGCCAUUGUACUCUCGUUUUCGUUUGGCUGCUGACGCUGUCGGCAGGGGCGAUUUGGACUAAAACCAUCCCGUCAGUGUCAGUGUGCUAUGGUGACGUUCGGGAUUAUUACUUCAGGUUGCCACUAUUCAGUGAAUUGACUUCAGAAAAUUCCCCGUUCCCUCCGAAUAAAUGUCGCCAGGCCUACGAUAUGUUGGAACAGAUCCAGCAGCUACGCGUCGUGAUGGAUAAGUGCGAUCAAUGUAUGGCCGGUAUCAGUGAAGUUCCUCUCGGUGGCACAUCCUGCAGGGGUGGAUUGUGUUUUGAGGGUUCCUCUUGCACCAAAAACUAUCGCUCUGCCAGUGCUGUUUGUGGACCCUGUCCGGUUGGAUUUGACGGUAAUGGAACCUACUGCACUGAGAGAGUCCACGUUACACCAGCUGCUACUUGUCUCUAAUGUUAGAAUCAGCCGAGGAAGAUUUCAGUUUGACUCACCUGAUAAGCUCUCAUAGUUACCGAGUAGAAAUACAUAUUUCAUUACAAGAAUAAUUUACAUUUAAA